AUGUAUUCUAAUCAAUAUAGCCACAUCUCAAAGUUUAUUGAUCUUCUUAAUAGACAACAAGAAACUGUCUUCGGUUUCUCACAAGAUAGUGUCAAACUAUCUUCAUCACAACUCCCCGGUUUUGGCUUUCAAGCAACUGAAGCUUCUAACUUCCAAGCGCCUGAAGAGACACAUGCAGAGCAUAGAGAAAGGAGAAAGUGGACGCCAAUAAAUGAUGUUGUGCUCAUCAGCUCGUGGCUAAACACAAGCAAAGAUCCCGUGGUGGGGAAUGAGAAAAGAUGUGGUACUUUCUGGAAAAGGAUAGAUGCUUACUUUGUGGCAAGUCUCAAGAUUGCAGGGAGUGAACAUAGAGAGGCAACUCACUGUAAGCAGCGCUGGCAGAAGAUAAACGAUCUCGUGAACAAGUUUUGUGGGGCCUAUGAAGCUGCAAAGCUACGCAAUGACCAGAAAUGGUGUGAGCUUUCUAGUUCUAAAACCCAUGGUCCUGCGGCUAAAAAGAGGAAGUGUGAUGAAGGUGCACAAUCAUCAAGCUCUUACGCAAAUGAAACAACCACGGCUGAAAAUGAUCAAGGCAGCAAUCAACCACCGGAUGUUAAGGUAGCAAAGGGGCGUGGGAAGAAGACGAUGGCGGAGGGGAAGGCAGUGUCUGAGUUUCAAAGAAUGUGGAGCAUCAAGAAGGAGGAUUUGGCAAUCAAAGAGAGGCUGACUAAGAUCAAGCUCCUUGACAGUCUAAUUGCAAAAGCAGAACCACUUGCCGAGUAUGAAGAAGCUCAUAGAUGA